CAGAGCUGUGUGUGUGAUCACAGUUCCUCCGAUUUGUCUUCUGUAUUUGUUGGCUACUUCUGAUUUUUAUGUUUUAGUGUACUUUCAUUUGUAAUUUCAUCACCAUGUCGGUGGCGUUUGCUCCUCACAGGCAACGGAAGGGCGAUAUAACCCCCGCAGGAAUACAAAAGUUACUUGAUGAAAACAACCAGCUGAUCCAGUGUAUAAUGGACUUCCAGAGUAAAGGCAAAACAGCAGAGUGUUCACAGUAUCAACAGAUGCUGCACAGAAAUUUAGUGUAUUUGGCCACAAUAGCAGACUCCAAUCAGAACAUGCAGUCUCUCCUCCCUGCUCCACCUACUCAAAACAUGCCCAUGGGUCCUGGUGUCAUGAACCAAAGUGGACCUUCUCCUCAGCCCCCUCACGGUCACAACAUGCCCUCUGAAAGUAUGGUCAGCGGCGGCCCUCCAGCCCCUCAUAUGCAGAAUCAAAUGAAUGGACAGAUGCCUGGUCCUAAUCACAUGCCCAUUCAAGGUCCUGGUCCAGGCCCCAACCAGCCCCCAAACAUGUCCAGUGGCUCGAUGAAUAUGCCCCCCAGCAGCCACGGCUCCAUGGGUGGUUACAAUCACGCAGUUCCUUCCUCGCAGGGCAUACCAGCUCAGAGUCAAAUGAACAUGACCCAGGGCCAACCCAUGGCAAACUAUGGGCCUCGACCAAACAUGAACAUGCAGCCAAAUCAAGGCCCAAUGAUGCAUCAGCAGCCUCCAUCGCAGCAGUAUAAUAUGCCCCCUGGUGGUGGUGGACAACACUAUCAAGGACAACAGAACCCAAUGGGUAUGAUGGGACAGGUCAACCAAGGAAACCAUGUCAUGGGACAGAGGCCAAUGCCACCCUACAGACCCCCACAGCAAGGACCCCCCCAGCAGUACCCAGGGCAGGAAGACUACUAUGGCGACCAGUACAGUCACGCAGGACAGGGAGCCUCAGAAGGUAACGCGCAGUAUGGCCAACAACAGGAACCAUACCAGCAAGGCCCACCACAGCAGCAAGGCUAUCCACCACAACAACAGUACCCAGGACAACAAGGUUACCCACCACAGCAGCAAGGUUAUGGUCCCACCCAGACUGCUCCAGGACAGUAUCCUAACUAUCCUCAGGGGCAGGGGCAGCAGUAUGGGGCCUAUCGUCCUCCGCAGCCUGGACCCCCACAGGGCCAGCAGCAGCGCCCUUACGGUUAUGACCAGAAUAAGUUGCAUAUCCUGGAUACUUCACAAAUUGAUGGCCAGUAUGGAAAUUACCAGCAAUGAGAAAUGGUCACAGCUACCUUCACAGCUCUGCUCUGAUCUCUGUGCUUUGACCUCUGGUCCACUGCUAAGCAGACCUUAAUGAUGGUUUCA